AUGUCACUCCUUUACGCCAUCCUUCUAUUUACACAAUUCUUCCUAUUACCAACCGAUGCCUUUGAUAGUUCUGCUAACACAAAUAUUGCUGUUUACUGGGGUCAAAACUCAGCGGGAACGCAAGAAUCCUUAGCUACUUACUGUCAAUCUUCUAAUGCUGAUAUUUUCCUAUUAUCUUUCUUGAACCAAUUUCCAACCCUAGGUUUGAACUUUGCCAAUGCAUGCUCCGACACUUUUUCCGAUGGUUUACUUCACUGUACCCAAAUUGCCGAAGAUAUUGAGACUUGCCAAUCUCUAGGUAAGAAAGUUCUAUUAUCAUUAGGUGGUGCGUCUGGUAGCUACCUAUUUUCAGAUGAUUCUCAAGCGGAAACUUUUGCGCAAACUUUAUGGGAUACUUUUGGUGAAGGUACCGGUGCUAGUGAAAGGCCAUUUGACUCAGCAGUUGUCGAUGGUUUUGAUUUUGAUAUUGAAAACAACAACGAGGUAGGCUAUAGUGCUUUGGCCGCCAAAUUAAGAACUUUGUUUGCCGAAGGUACCAAGCAAUAUUAUCUUUCUGCCGCUCCACAAUGCCCAUACCCAGAUGCUUCUGUUGGUGACUUGUUAGAAAAUGCAGACAUCGACUUUGCAUUUAUUCAAUUUUACAACAACUACUGCAGUGUUAGCGGUCAAUUCAAUUGGGACACUUGGUUAACCUAUGCUCAAACCGUAUCGCCAAAUAAAAAUAUCAAACUGUUCUUAGGUUUACCUGGUUCUGCUUCUGCUGCUGGCUCAGGUUAUAUUUCUGACACUUCCUUAUUGGAAUCUACUAUUGCAGAUAUUACCUCUUCAAGCUCUUUUGGUGGUAUUGCGUUAUGGGAUGCAUCUCAAGCCUUUUCCAAUCAGCUAAAUGGCGAACCAUACGUUGAAAUUUUAAAAAAUUUACUAACAAGUGCCAAUCAGGCCACCACUACUUCAGUUGCUACUUCAAAAACCUCAGCCACUUUGACUUCAUCUACUUUUACUUCUCAGAAAAAGACCACUCAAUCUACGAAAACUACACAAAGUAAGAGCAAAGUCACUUUAUCUCCAACUACAGGCAGCGCUGACAAAACAUCAACUACUCAAACUGAAAAGGCAUCGUCGAGUAGUACCAAGGCAAAAUCUAGUCCGGCCACCACCACAACAAAAAGUACUUCAAAUCCCGUUGCUAUCACAAGUAUGAAAACUACUUUAUCUCCCCAAAUAACCAGUGCUACCUCAGUGACACCUCAAACAACCAUCAUCAGCACAGUUUCUCCAGCCGCUCCUCAAACGUCUACCACCAGUACACUUUCCCCAACAACGAAAAGUCCUACAACUGUUUCCCUACAAACGACUAGUACUAGUACACUUUCCCCAACAACGGCUAGUACAAGCUCGGACAGUGCAGCUCGUACAUUGGCUAAGGAAUUGAAUGCUCAAUAUGCAGCCGGUCAAUUGAACGGUAAAUCUACCUGCAGUGAAGGUGAAAUUGCAUGUUCUUCUGAUGGGAAGUUUGCUAUUUGUGAUCAUAACGCUUGGGUUUAUAUGGAAUGUGCUUCAGGAACUACAUGUUAUGCUUAUGAUUCUGGUGACUCGGUCUAUACCCAAUGUAAUUUCUCUUAUUUGGAAAGCAAUUACUUCUAA